AUGUUUAUCAUUCGUAUCGCAUUUCCCUGCGCGCAUCGUCCGGAAAAAGUGGUCACAUUCGAAUGGCCAUUCAAAGGAGCCACGUCCGAUCUGUCAUGGGAAACAUUGAUCACCAAAUUGUGCGAGCAUACACGCAUGAAAAAGGGGAAAUUUUACGUAUCUUGGAACGACGGUACGGAAUAUUGUACAAUUAGCACUACCGAAAGCCUGCGUGAGGCGGUCAACCAAAUGCGGAUCAAUCGACCAGACUCAACUCCGUUGCUCUAUGUUUCACCGGUCGUUCCACCGGAAGAGAAAAAGCUCGGUGGAUUUUUUGGUGGUUGUGCUCCCGAGGAUCUACCACGUGAUUUUCGUGAAUACGUGGAUGCGGACACUAAUGAAGGCCGAGCGGACUAUAUGCAAUCGAACGAGUACGGUCCGCUCGAACUGGUCUGUAAUCAAUGCAAACUUGUCGACUGGCGAGGCGAUAAGUUUUCAUGUGUGGUUUGUCCCCGUGUGGUGCUCUGUGGUACGUGUUAUCAGUCCGGGUUCCACGCACAACAUCCGGUUCUGAUCACACGUGACUGUACCGGUUAUCCUAGUGCUAUCCUUCAGGCGGUUCGAGUUGUUGCAUCGAAUAUUGUGUCCGGUGCCUCAGAUGACGAGUCGGAUUUGUCCAACGAUGCGGAUUGUGAAUCCCGUCCAAGCUCCAAACGUACAUCGGUUUGCAAACCGAUUAUCGAUCCGAAACCGGAAGAUCCAAAGGUGGUUGCUGCAAUUCAAAAACUGCGAGCGAUGGGAUUCUCACAAGACUACAAUCGUUUAUCCCGUCUGGCCGUGGAAGAAAAUGGAGAUGUCAAUAGUAUGAUAGAAAAACUCAUGGAGUAA